CACGCAUGAAUUCCAUCACGAAUAACUUUGUUUCUGGAAAAUUCUCACCAAAAUGCUUUUGUACGCUUGUAAACAAUAUAAUGUGGUGUCACUGGAAUAAUUUUAACAGCUGUCGGACAAGUGGCUUAGAAACGACAGCAGUCUGAAGUUGGUUGCAGUUUUUUAAUCUCGCCCUGUAUGUGAAGAUUCCUUACUAAGUGGUGACAAGUUUUACCGAUCCAAUACAUUUUUCGUUAAAUAAAACGUUUACAAUCUUUCCAUCAAAAAAGCUAAUUGAUUAUCAUUCCGCAGACACACUUGAAAUUUCCUCGCCAAAAAUGACCCAAAAAAAGUUCUAAAGUGUUGUAUCUGAUGCAGUCUCAGUUGAUUUUAUCAAGAUCUGUCUGUCAUAAUACGUUUACGGACAUUUACCGCCAGACGUGUUAGCUUAUCAAAUUAAAUCACCAUAUCGACCAUUGACAUAAUGCGUGAUAUCGACCGAUUUAAAAAUUAAUAAUUCAAUUAAUUUACCUUAUCUGAGAGCUCAACAUAUGAUGACUGGACAAUAUUUACACUUAUAAUUUAAUCACUGCAUAUAAAAACCGGUUUUACAUCAGUUCAAUCAACAAUGAAAGCGGAGAUUCGAUAAUAAAAAUGCCAUCAGAAUUUAGCAACUUGUUAGAUUACAUCGUAAAUUUCAAAACGCAGUUCCCUUCGUUACAUUAUAUGAUAUAAGGGCUAACGGGGUGAUAAGGUAAAUGUUUUCAAAUGUGAUUCUCAAUCAUACCCAGCGAUGUUAGAAUUCCAUCAGUAUUCCGAAGUUGCUUGGACUGUAAAGACAAAAUUCAAAUCUAAAAAAAAAAAAAGAAAAAACAUAUUACGAAAUGGCUUACCUCUCAGGAACGGCAUACAAUGAAGAAGAGAAAAUAUGGUCUGGACCUCGAUGCAAAGAAACCUAUAGCCGAGAAAUGACGGUGGGCGAGGCCAUAGUAUUACAACUGCGUAAAACUCCACAGAAAAUAAUACAAAUUUUGGAAUCAACGGGAGAAUCUCUAACGGCCCAGGACUACCUAGAUCACAGUAUGUCACUGGCGCGAAAUAUUCUUGAUAUGGGUGUACAGUCCGGUGAUAUUGUGGGUAUUUAUGUCAAACAUUCACUUCAUCUUGCCACAGUGAUUUUGGCUUCAUUUCUGUGUGGAACUCCCAUCCAUGGAGUCUAUGAUAAAUUUGAAAAGGAUACCAUAACAAAGCUCUAUGAAACUACAAGACCGCGUGUGAUCUACUGCGAUGAGGAAAAUUACAAAAAUGUUCUUUUUGCCUUGGAACAGUUGCAAUUGGAUGCCAAAAUUGUUUUGAUGACCGGUAACUUGCCGGGAGUGUUAAACAUUAAAGAUUUGGUAGAGAAGCGCAACGAUGUCGGAGAUAUUUUAAUAUUUCCAUGCUCGAAAUUGACAAGUGCCGAUACGGCAGCUAUACUUAGUUCAUCCGGUACAACGGGUACACCAAAGGGAGUGAUGUGUUCCCACCAGGCUAUGCUCCAUAAUUUAAUAUAUCUCACUGCCAUCAUGGACUCAGUGCUAAUGUGUUUUAGUACCAUGUAUUGGGCAUCGGGAGUUAUGAAUCUACUGCAAAGUUUAUUAUCUUCAGCGUUGCGCAUUGUUCCCGAUAGACCCUACAGUGCCGGAUAUCUUCUCGAUUUAAUUAAGCGUUACAAAGUUACACAUUUCUUUGCGACUGGCACACAGAUUAUUGAUCUAGUUCUUAACCAAGACAAAAAAGUUGUACGCUCUUGCCUCGCUUCCAUCGAUACGUUGAUAUGUGGCGGUGCGAAACUUCCUCAAACAAUACAGGAACAAAUCAUUGAUAUUCUCUCGGAUAAUACUAAACGUCCCGGCUUUGUCGUGACCUAUGGUUUAUCUGAGAUAAUGGGAGGGGUAAGCAUCAAUGGAGGCAAUCCAUUCAAUUUUAAACCUGAAACGGAAGGUAAACUCUGGUGCAACAGGGAGGUGUGUUUGGUGGAUGAGGCGGGACAACGAUUGGGCCCCAAUGAAACUGGUGAACUUUUUGUUCACAGUCCAUAUGUAUGGACGGGUUAUUACAAGAAUCCCGAAGCCACAGCCCAAGCCAAGCAUGACAAAUGGAUAAGGACAGGAGAUUUGGGGUACUUUGACAGCGAGGGUUUCUUACACAUUAUUGGUCGUGCCAAGGAAAUGUUCAAAUGGCGAGGUUUCCAGAUAUGUCCUCAGCCCAUAGAAGAGGUGUUGCAGCGCAUACCAGGUGUGGCGGAGGUCUGUGUAUUUCCCCUACCUGAUCUGGUGGCUGGUAGUUUGGCAGCAUGUGCCAUUGUCAGGACCAAUGAUGAGACUGGUCGUAAUUUAACUACCCAAGUGGUUAAUGAGUGUCUUGAACAGCAACUGGAUAGCUUUUAUCACCUACGGGGCGAAGUCUACUUUGUGAAUGCCCUACCACGUACCGACACUGGUAAAGUGCAGCGUCUUAAAAUGCCACAAAUUAUUGGAGUAGUUGAGAGAUAAAACUUAAAAUUCAAUGUAUUUGUUAAAAUGUAGAUUAAGAAUUAUAUUUUUAAGAAGUAGAUAAAAAUAAAAUUUAUAGCUCGUAA